AUGUAUCAUUUAUCUUCCAGGCGCGAAAAACAGAGUACACGAAAAGGAAGAAAAAAGCCCAAACAAAAUGUUGUGGCAAAAACAUACACGCGUUGGGGGCAUAAAAGCUGUCCAGACGGAGCUUCUUUAGUUUACCAGGGUUAUGCAGCUGGUGGAAUGUAUCACGAAACCGGUGCAGCUUCAAAUUAUCUGUGUCUUCCUAAGAGCCCCGACUGGAAAAAUCAUACGCAGACACCAACACACCUUGGUUUUAUUUAUGGCGCAGAGUACGAGAGUCAUGACACCAUUUUUGACAGUUUGAAAAACGCCGAGGUUCCAUGUGCAGUUUGUCGCGUUCCAAGAACAAACAUAAUUAUGAUUCCGGGAAAAAAUACAUGUUUUGAUGAAUAUAAAGUUGAAUACGAAGGAUACCUUAUGGCUGGACAUCCUCAACAUGAAGCUGCAUCAGAAUAUGUAUGUGUCGAUGCUGUAUGCGGUUCAUCAAAAUGUCCGCCCUACAAAAGUGGAGAAGAUCUUACUUGCGUUGUCUGUUCAUAUUCUCCGUAG